GAGACGGUGGCACCUGCGGAGGAGAGGCCGAGGGGGUUGUAUGUAGAGCUGGCAUCUACUUACCCACCGUUUAAAGGAAGUCUUUAUGUGCAUAUAUAUGUAGACAGAUAGAUGCACACACAUACAUACAGGAGCCUUCAUGAAGUUCCCCGAGUUGUUAACAAUAUUAACAUGUCCGAGGGAGCAGUCGCAGCCCGGUGCUUGCUGUAUACGUUUCGUCUAUUCAUUUAAUCCUGAAGCAGGAAUUCAGAUAGAAGACUUAGAAGUAAACAGAUAGAUUAACAUGGAGGCAUAUGACAGGAGCACACGAUGAUUGUUUCUCUUUUUCUUUUUUAAGUACGCCGGUCAUUUUUACUUUGUUUAAUAGCGUUUUUCUAAUACAAAGACUGCCUGGUUAAGCUACAAGAAAGCAAUGUAUAACACAGUCUGGACGACCAAAAAAGCCGGCGAGGAAGGAGACUGGAGGGACGUGAUGAUGCCCUACUCCACAGAGCUGAUAUUUUAUCUGGAAAUGGACCAACCACCAGCCCUUCCUCCAAAGCCAACCAAGCCUCAGCAGCCCUCCUCGGUCGCAAUGGCAGGGGGCAGCAGCAAUGUCACCAAGGAUGGAGGAGCGGGAGGCUCCUUACAAGAGGCCGAAUGGUACUGGGGUGACAUAUCCAGGGAGGAGGUGAAUGAUAAGCUCAGAGACAUGCCUGAUGGGACUUUCCUGGUUCGGGACGCGUCUACUAAGAUGCAAGGCGACUACACGCUAACGCUAAGGAAAGGGGGCAAUAACAAGCUGAUAAAGAUCUACCACAGAGAUGGGAAGUACGGCUUCUCUGACCCCCUGACUUUCAGCUCAGUGGUGGAGCUCAUCAGCCAUUACAGACAUGAGUCACUGGCUCAAUACAACACCAAGCUGGAUGUCAAGCUCAUGUACCCCAUCUCCCGCUUCCAGCAGGACCAGCUGGUGAAGGAGGACAACAUCGAUGCAGUGGGGAAGAAGUUGCAGGAAUACCACAAUCAGUACCAGGAGAAAAGCAAAGAAUAUGACAGACUAUAUGAAGAGUAUACCAAGACAUCACAGGAGAUCCAGAUGAAGCGAACAGCUAUUGAAGCCUUCAAUGAAACCAUCAAGAUUUUCGAGGAGCAAUGCCACACACAGGAGCGCUACAGCAAGGACUACAUUGAGCGUUUUAGGCGUGAGAGCAAUGAUAAAGAGAUUGAGCGCAUCAUGAUGAACUAUGAAAAGCUUAAAUCUCGCCUCGGAGAGAUCCACGACAGCAAGGUGCGGCUGGAGCAGGACCUAAAGACGCAAGCCAUGGACAACCGGGAGACAGACAAAAAGAUGAACAGCCUAAAGCCUGAUCUCAUACAGCUCCGCAAAAUCAGGGAUCAGUAUCUAGUCUGGCUCAAUCAUAAAGGAGUUCGUCAGAAACGAAUUAAUGAUUGGCUGGGAAUCAAGAAUGAGAACACAGACGAAGGUUACUUUGUGAGUGAGGAAGAUGAGAACUUGCCUCACUAUGAUGAGAAGAACUGGUUUGUGGGGGAUCUGAACAGGACACAGGCAGAGGAGCUGCUCCUGGGGAAGCCAGAUGGAGCUUUUCUUAUCCGAGAAAGCAGCAAAAAAGGGUGCUAUGCCUGCUCUGUAGUUGUGGAAGGGGAGGUGAAGCACUGUGUCAUCUACAGUACACCACGUGGCUUUGGCUUUGCUGAGCCAUACAACCUCUACAGCAGCCUGAAGGACCUGGUGCUCCACUACCACCAGACUUCCCUGGUGCAGCACAAUGACUCACUCAAUGUGCGCCUUGCCUACCCUGUCUACGCACAGAUGCCCUCUGGACGAAGAUGAACCCCAACCAACGAUGCUAAACAACUACCCCCAGAAGGACAACACAUUUUACCGUCUUCAGGAUAAAGGAGAAAAGGGAGUGUUAUGAAGCUUAAUGGGUGGUGGUGGUAUUGGUUGAAUUACAAAACAACCCUGUGUCCAGACCUGAUGAACAUCGAUACAAUUUUAACAUUUGCUGCAACACACACAUCAGCCACCUUGGAGUUAUAUAUUUUUACAAGAACAAUUUUGGAGGGCAUUCUUUCUAAAGACUGCUUGAUUUGCACAAGGAAGUUUUAAAUGUUUGUGAAUGUGAAAACAAAAGUGACCGAAGGAAGGAAAUGGAGUAGGAGACGUCAGAGUUUCAGGUUGAUCCCGCUGCUACCUAAACUCCAGCUCAGACUUUAUACCAGAAACUCUAAAGUACAAGAAUGACAACAAAACAUUCCCAUCAGACUUUUUCUGUGUUCCCAUCAUUUUUU